AUGUCAGGUGACUAACCGCGGAAGCGAGACCCGAGUGGAAACGCUCCUCAUUAAACGCUUCUUUGCUGCUGCUCCCAAGUCCGCUCCGCUCCUGUCCAGAAAAUGAUUGUGUAAACAGAUGGUCUGUAAGACAGGCUGCAGUCGCUGCCAUCGGACGGUUCUGGCGGGAUAUCUUCAAGUAUCUGAGGUCUUAUUUAAGAGGACAUUGUCAGCAUUAUAUGUGGAGGAGUUCGUUUAAAAGCAAACCUAACAUACGGGUUCUUCAGGGGAAGCUCGGCUAACUUGUUAGCUUAACACUGUUAGCAGACGUGUUGUGUGUGAUAUUCCAGUCUUAGUUCUUUCUUUCUUUAAAAAAAACUCAGCUACAUCGUCUGAGCCAGACUCCCAAACUCGAGUGGGUGUUAUGUAACGUUAUUUAGCUGGCGUUUGUGAAAAUAAAUGCGUGAGUUCCCAAGUUUAGCUAGUUUGGUUGGGGUGACAGUUGAUGCAAGAGGCCUGAGUCACAUCUGCAGGACACAUUUAGUCUGAAACACACUUUAAGAGCCUGAAAUACUCCUCUGGUCUCAGAAUAUUAGAUACAUGAGCAGCAGCUGUGCCAAAUGCUUUAAAGCUUUAAUAGUUUGCUAGGUCAUGACAUGGUAGGAGGGGAAGGAGCCUUGCCCACCAACAUCCUUACAAUUUCAGCGUCUUUGGGGGCGUCUUUGUGGUGAUAUCUGCAGUUACUGAACAGCGACCACCAUGUCCGACAACCAGGGCAAUGUGAACAACAACAACGUCCCACUGAACAACAACAAUAACGGUGGGCCGAACCGGAUCCGGAACCCCGCGAUGAACCAGAACCCCCUGAUCAACGUCAGAGACAGACUCUUCCACGCCUUGUUCUUUAAGAUGGCAGUCACGUACGCCAGACUCUUCCCACCGUCCUUCAGACGAAUAUUCGAGUUCCUCGUCUUGUUAAAGGCUUUGUUCAUGCUCUUCAUCCUGGCCUACAUCCACAUUGCCUUCUCACGCUCUCCGAUCAACUGCCUGGAGCACGUGCGGGAGAAAUGGCCCCGCGACGGCAUCCUGCGUGUGGAGAUCCAGCGCAACUCCAGCCGCGCGCCCAUCUUUCUGCAGUUCUACGAGACGGAGGGAAUCCAGGGCCUUGUGAAAGAACCAGAGGAAGACGCAAGUGAAACCAGACAGCCAAUGGUGCCCACAGACGCUGAAGAGGAGGAAGAGAUGACCAUGGAGAUGUUUGACAACAGCACAGUACAGUUUGAGCUCGACAUCGAGCCACAUCUGAAUCCGUCGAUGAGUGGCGGUGUUCCUGGCUCCAGCCUGAAUGAAUCCCAGGAUCUGUCCUUCAGCCAGGCCCCCUCUAAAGGUAUGCAGCCGCUGAGGGAGACUGUCUCCGAGAUUGAGAUGCUAACUCGAGCAGUGUGGCCACAAGAAGAGUAUAUUGUCGAAUAUUCUUUGGAAUAUGGAUUCCUACGGCUGUCCCAGGCCACACGGCAGCGACUCAACAUCCCUGUUAUGGUGGUGACCCUGGAUCCCAUGAAGGAUCAGUGCUUUGGAGAUGGUUUCAGUCGCUUCCUCCUGGAUGAAUGCCUGGGCUAUGACGAUAUCCUGAUGUCCAGUGUGAAGGCUUUAGCAGAGAACGAGGAAAACAAAGGGUUUCUGAGGAACGUGGUCUCUGGAGAACACUAUCGUUUUGUCAGUAUGUGGAUGGCCCGUACCUCCUACCUGGCAGCCUUUGUAAUCAUGGUUAUCUUUACUUUGUCUGUGUCCAUGCUGCUGCGGUACUCGCACCACCAGAUUUUUGUCUUUAUAGUGGACCUUCUCCAGAUGUUGGAGAUGAAUAUGACCAUUGCCUUCCCUGCUGCCCCUCUCCUCACUGUCAUCCUGGCUCUUGUAGGGAUGGAGGCCAUCAUGUCUGAGUUUUUCAAUGACACAACCACUGCUUUUUACAUCAUCCUCAUUGUUUGGUUGGCGGACCAAUACGAUGCCAUCUGCUGCCACACCAAUACAAGCAAGCGCCACUGGCUCAGAUUCUUUUAUCUGUAUCACUUUGCCUUCUAUGCAUAUCAUUACCGCUUUAACGGCCAGUACAGCAGUUUGGCCUUGGUCACUUCCUGGCUCUUCAUUCAGCACUCAAUGAUCUAUUUUUUCCAUCACUACGAGCUGCCGGCCAUCCUGCAGCAGAUCCGGAUCCAGGAGAUGCUGCUUCAGAACCAGCAGGUGGGUCAAGGAAACCAGACUGCAUUGCAGGACAAUCUCAACAACAACACUAGCAGCGCUGCGCCGGCUGGUCAAGCUAACGCAGCCGCUAACGUGAACACUAACGGCCAGGACCGGCAAGACGCUCAGGACCAACCUCAGCUCGAAACCCACAAUGGCUUGGUGGUAAAUACUGGUCUGUCCAUCGACCCAUCAAACUCCGACCUCGACUGGAUGGCUGAGAUCGCCAUUGGCCCAGACGUCUUGUCAGUUUCACAUUUGAGCGACUCACUUUUGGAGCCGGGAGGGAUCCAGGAUCCAACGUCAUCCAGCGCAGGGGUAACGGAGCUGCAUGGUCCAAGCACAGCAGGAGAGAACCAAGUUGGAAACAUUAGCAUGGCAAGCGUUCCUGCGGGACGGGGUUGUGCUCAGGGUCUGGGUCCCCCUGGUGAUGGAGGAGGGCAGACAGAACCCGAAACUUCCUCCCCAGUGACCUCACACACAGACUGCAGAGUUGCAGAAACGCUUAAAGGUGCCACGGACUGGGAAGGCAAGACGGAGAAUAAAAGUGAGAGCUCGGACUCCCAUUCUGCCCCAGCUUGAGUCGCGCACCCCCAUUCAGAACGAAUGAAUUCACGCUCUACAGUCGCCACCCCUCUAUGUAAAUUAAUCCAGAAGGCAUCAAGAGGAGAAACCGUGAUGGAGCUUUAUGUAAUUACAUCCUGGAAACCUCCAACAUGAACAUGAGGAGGGCCGAAGCAGACUUCCGCUGUCUAGUCAUGUUCUUAAGAGUAAAUUCGUAUUGAAUUGUCAAAUGAUGCCAUGUGUCAGGGUGUGAUCAUUGAAGUCUUUACAUGUGUUUUUUUUUUUUUUUUUAAAUGGUUGAAACUUUUAAUACAGGGAGUAUUCAGUUUAAAAUGUGAUGUAUCGCUUGAUAAUGGUACUUUUCAUUGCUCCUGAUUAUGGAGUUACACAAUCUGAAUACACAUUGUACUUUGCACAUCUUGUGCAAUGAUUGUUUCGGCUUUCUUUCCAUUCCUCUAAUGAUAUAACAUUAAUGCUGCCUAAUUCAUUUAGUCACAUUAAAAUUGUUUCGGUCCCUACUACGUUUGUUCACUACAGCAAGCCACCAAAAUGUUCCUUAUGUGAUUUGAAGUCUAGCUCACGACCUGCCGUUGCGCUCGGGUUUGGUAUUGUCAUAUGUAUGGAGCAGUUUGACUCCUGAAUCCGAUGCUAUUGGUGGUCAGAGUGCUUUGAUUGGCGAGUUUAUUUGCGAGUCUGCCAGUCAAAAGAAGUGGACGGGUGACGUCAGAGCAACGUUAUACUUAGAAUAAGUCCUCCUUCUAUAUGAUCCUCAUUGAAAGCUCUGUUAUGGGGUCGUUUAUGUGCUUUCUAAUCUUCAUCAAGAGACAUUUGUUUUUGUGGUUAGUUUAGAUGGACGGAGGUGGUCUUUUGCACAAACUCCUCAGCAAGUCGUUGGUUUUUCUUCAGGUGGAGUCUGGCUUUGACAGACCGAGUGGAUAGAUUAUUGCCUUAUGCUUCUAAAACCGAACAUUAACCUUGUAUUUCCAUCUUUGGCCAUGUACAUUGGGGUCGAUAGCCUUACCAGAGGCUUCAAAGCCAGUAGAGAAAAUGGAAACUGAAGCAGGAAUGAACAUGUAGUUACUUAAGCAGACAUUUUUUUGAAACAGCUGUAAGCAGUGAAGGUCAUGCUCAUUUCACAGUGUUGCAGCCCAUCAGCUGAAGUCACUGAUCCGGAAAUCUGUUGUCUUUACAUAUUCUGCUUUUGUAGAGGUUUCUCCAUAUGUUUGACUUGGGAUGAUCGGUGGGUGUCUAAUAACAGUACAGACUUGUUGAUCUUCAUGACCAUGUGUAAAAACGCACCGCAGACUAAGAGAACAAAGGAAACUGAUGUCUGUUGUGACGUGACUGUGGAUGGGGAGGGUCAAUUAAAGGCUAUGCAACAUGGCAAGUAAAAUCCAGGCUCAGUUUUCUUUUUUCUUUUUUUUAUUGUGCAAUAUUUUGUAAGGCUGCAAUCCAUUAAGGAUUCCAGGUCUGAAAGAUUGAUUUAUUGUUUCAUGAUCAGUUCCGUGCCUAUUUGCCAUUUUCAGAGGAAACAGAUGAUUGUAGUGUUUAGAUGCAUUGUGUAGGAUGCCUAGACAGAAACUGAAAAGAAUAAUUCUCAGUUCUGUGAUAAACUUGAUUCUGUCAUUCAAAUGUAUUUAACUGUAAUGUUUAAAAACUGCAUAAAGAGAUGAAAUUAAUUUCCA